CAAACUCAUCGGGAAAAGUGGUUAAAAGAUAUUGAUUUAGCAAAUAAAGACGAAAAACUUAAAAGAGGAGAAAUUUGGUUAGUAAGAUUUAAAAAAAAGAAAAGUCUUGGCACCGAAAUUUGGAAAGACCGUCCUGCUCUAAUCAUUUCGGCUGAUUGGCAAAAUGCCAAAAACGGAAAAAUUAUGACUGACCAGGUUCAUAGUUUUGACAAGAAAAAAAGAUUAGUUAGGAAAUUAGGAAUUUUGCCAGAGGAAACAUUAAAGAAAGUGGAAGAAACUUUGCAAGAAUUAUUAGA